AUGUCGGGCGGCAACUCGUCGAAGAACAAGGCGCGCUCCUCCAAACGCCAGGAAGGCUGGGAAGAAGCCGGUGGUGAAUUCUAUCAGGAGCUGUAUCCUGGAGGAGAACAAGAACUAUUCGAGAAUCUCCAACGAGCCGAUGCCGCGAAGCUCGCUACUUUACUACCUUCGAAGCAGGCCAGGAACACAACAACAGUCAAACGGGGCCGGUCGCAAAAUGAGAGGCGGCAGUCCACCUUCGCAAGGAACACACAGAGUCGGGAUAUCCAUCUAUCCAUGCUGCCCGAUUUAUCCGAGAACUUGUCGAACGAAGAACGGAGCUGGGAGGAGAUCAUGCAGAUCAAGGCGAUGCCGGUCCCCAUGGCUCAAAAAAGAGAGUUAAAGGCACGACUACAGAAUGCAACGAAGCUGCGUUUGCAAGGAUUCGAACAGUUGCAAUGGCGCCAAAGGAAGGUAUGGCACAGGUUUCGAACGAGGCUCGCCGAGGUGUUGGGCAAGUUGGAGCUCUGGCAAUCGCCAAUGAGGGUGAUCGAGGGGAAGUUCGGGACGGGCGUGGUCUGCUACUUCCUCUUCCUGCGUUGGCUACUGUUCCUAAACAUUGCCAUUUCGAUGUUCAUCGUACUGUUCCUAAUUCUACCGAAUACGUUGCUCAAGGAGAACUGUGAAGACUGCGAAAGUCUAGACUACAAUUCCACUCUCUGCUGUCCAGAGCGAUCCGGAAAUGUUACCUCGAACAACGUGGUCCUCGACCUGAUCCAAGGUACAGGUUGGAUGGAAGGGACUUUGCUAUUUUAUGGCGUUUACAGCGAUAAAAUCUUCGAGUACAGUCUGCCUAAUUUGUGGGGGGCGGAAAUGGUGUACAACAUGCCUUUAGCCUAUAUUUUGGUUCCGAUCGCUUGGGCCCUUCUCUCGCUAGUCGCGAUUGUGAAAACCGGUGCGAAGGGUUUCAAAGAGAGACUGGUGGAGAACGAGGGUCAGUUCUAUCUGUAUUGCAACCUCGUGUUCGGAGGCUGGGACUUCUGCGUUCACAAUGCGAAGUCGGCGAAAAUAAAGCACAAAGCCCUCUUCAACGAAAUCAAGGGCUGCUUGCAAGAGGAAAGGUACAAAGAAGAGAAGCAGUCCAGAACGAGAGAAGGCACUAUACUCCUGCAUCUACGGCGGGUGGUGAUAAACAUUUUCGUGUUGGUAAUACUGGUCGUAUCCGGUGUAGUCAUAUACAUGACGUUUAAUUUCUCAACGUCGUCUCUAUACGAAUAUACCGAGAACUUGCCCACGUUGCGGCCAAACGACUCGUUCGCAGACACCCUGGUCUCUUACAAAGAUGACAAUACGGAUAACCAAAUACGAAGCACGCUCUUACAAUUUCUACCUUACGUCUGUAUAGUUGUGCUGAAUCUCUUCGUACCGGAGAUAUUCGGUUAUUUAAUAACCUACGAGAGCUAUAAACCUAGGCACGUGAUCCUGAUAACUUUGCUGAGGACUGUUUUGCUUAGGCUAGCGUCUUUCGUGGUGCUGCUUAGUCAGGUGUACAUGCAAACGAGCGGCCUCCUCGAUUCCGGAGAUCAUGCGGUCAGAUUGGAAUGCUGGGAGACUUUCGUUGGCCAACAGUUCUACAAGUUGAUCCUAACGGACUUUGCCGUACAGUUCAUCAUGACGUUCUUUUUAAACUUCCCGAGGGCGUUCCUCGGCCGCCAUUCUAACAGCCGCUGUCUAAAAACUAUCGGCACGCAGAAUUUCUACCUCCCGAAACACGUGCUCGAUAUAGUUUACAUACAGACGAUAAUCUGGAUGGGCGCCUUCUUCUGUCCCUUCCUACCUAUCAUUGGAACCAUCUUCUACUUCUUUCUAUUCUAUAUAAAGAAGUUCAACUGCUUAAUCAAUUGCACUCCGUCACCAAUCGUGUACAGAGCGUCGAAAUCCAAAUCUCUAUUCAUGUCGGUAUUGCUAGUCGGGUUUGUUAUGUCUAUAGCUCCAGUGGCGUAUUCCAUCGCGGAGAUGUCUCCUUCGCUCAACUGUGGCCCUUACAAGUCCUACGGGACAGUUUGGUACUUCGUUAUAACUACCUUCAAUUUAUUCCCACCCGUGGUUCGGGAGGUUGUCUUCUUGAUGGGAACGUCUACGUUCGCAGUGCCGGCUUUCGCAAUAGCAUUGUUCUUUUUGUAUUACUAUUGGGCUGUGGCCACAGCUAACCGGCAUAUGGUGGCCGUGCUGAGGAACCAGUUGGUCUUAGAGGGCCACGAUAAACAGUUCUUGUUGAACCGACUGAGUGCUUUCAUCCGCCAGCAUCAGAAACGCUGUGAGAGGCGAAACAGAGCAAGUUUCGCUGAUGACGACUCGUCGGUAAGACAGGGAUCUUAG